AUGGAUGUGGCCCACCAGCAAUCCCUCCACCUGUUUUCCCUCCAAGCUACCCUCCAGGACACGCUACCCUGGAAGCCUCACAGCCCAAAGAACUCAUCCCGACCGCCAUCCACCACAGCACCCAACCAGGACUCAACCUGGACUGAAGUGAUAACUCGAACUAGGAAAACCAACAACACCAUCCCCUGGAACCAUGCCGGGCCUACCUCAAGCUCCACGCCGAGCAAUCCACUGCUCCGGUCCGAGAUUCUCGCCGGCAGUGGGACGGAUCACUCCAACGAUGCCUCCACAGUCCGGUUGGCCCUCUCUAACCGCUUCGAGGCCCUUAUGCAUCCUCCUAAGCCCGACAGCACCAGUCCGAACCAGUCCCCUCUCCGCGGUGACGUGGUGGCAUCCUCUACAGCGGCUGCCGGAGCUCCCAUGGCUCCUACACGGCCACCCGGCGAAGCCCCCAGGACCUUCGUCCUCGUCCACCGAUGUCUCCAUGGCGUGCCGGCCGGACGAUCUUCUGGCGACCAGCUCCCAGGCGUCACCGGGCGCUGGUGCGAAGAACACCUCCCUGCCGGCGUGCAGAGGGAUUCCCGAGUGGCCUGGCGGAAGGGACCCCUCUCUGUCGGUGCCUGGUCGUGCUCGGUCUCCGCCUGGACCACCGCUCUGAGAGCCGGACCACGUCCUCGGCCGCCCACAGGAGUUCUCUUCGAGAGGCAGUCCGACGGAACUCCGCCGGGCCCGCCACCGCCGCCCCGGACCGAAAUGGCAGACCAUCCCCGCUGCCGCAGGCGUCCACCGCACCGCCGAGUCCUCGCAGCCCGGCCAUCAGCUCUACUUCGGGUACAGGAGCCAUGCAACCCCCGCCGCUGUUCCCACCCACCACCUUGA